AUGGUGAAGGAUAUAAAGAAGGGUGUGACCACAUCUCACUCGAAAAAAACGGACUCUUCAACCAGAAAGAGAAAGCCUGAAGAAGUCGCAGAAGUAGAAGAAUCUGCGUCCUCAUCGGACGAAGAGUUUGAAGUUGAAGGUUUGUUGGAAGACGGAUCAGAGGACGAAGAAGCUGAGGAUUCCGAAACUAACGAAGACAAUGAAGAAGAUGCGGAUUCCGAAGACUCUGAGGCUGAACUCAAUGCGCUUUUGGCUGAAGAUGACCCAGAAGAUGACGAUGAAGAAUUUGAUUCAGAUGAUUUCUCUGAGCCUGGUGAUGAACAAAACUCCAUCACCGAUGGGUUAUCCAACGUAAGAAUUAGAUCUAGAAGUAGCCAUACUGAUGACCAAGAAAGUGAGCUUAUCCAUACCAAGUUCGCAGACGGUAAACCUAGAAUCAUCAAGCCUGAAAUCAACCCUGUAUAUGACUCUGACGACAGUGAUAACGAAAACUUCAACACCAUUGGUAACGUGCCAAUAAGUGCAUAUGAAGAAAUGCCUCACAUUGGGUAUGAUAUCAACGGUAAGAGGAUUAUGAGACCUGCCAAGGGUUCGGCCUUGGACCAAUUAUUGGAAAGUAUCGAUUUGCCAGAAGGUUGGACCGGAUUACUUGAUCAAAAUACUGGUUCGGCACUCAAUUUGACUGAGGAUGAGUUGGAAUUGAUCAGAAAGAUCCAGGCCCAAGAAAAUACCGAUGAAAACAUCAACCCAUAUGAACCAACCAUUGAAUGGUUCACCAGUAAAACAGAAAUCAUGCCUUUGACUGCCGUUCCUGAGCCAAAGAGAAGAUUUGUGCCUUCUAAGCAUGAAGCAAAGAGAGUCAUGAAGAUUGUAAGAGCCAUUAGAGAGGGAAGAAUUGUCCCACCAAGUAAAGCCAAAGAACAACAAGAAGAGGAUGAAAUGAACUUCGAUUUAUGGGCAGACAAUGACGACAACCAAGAAGAUCACAUCAUGAACUUGAGAGCUCCAAAAAUAGCACCUCCAACGAAUGAAGAAUCUUAUAACCCUCCUGAAGAAUAUCUUCUUACCAAGGAGGAAAGAGAACAAUGGGAACAGCAGGAAGAAGUUGAUAGAGAAAGGAACUUCUUGCCUGCUAAAUACGAUGCAUUAAGAAAAGUUCCAGGUUAUCAACAGGGACUUAGAGAGAAGUUUGAGAGAUGUCUUGACUUGUACUUGGCACCUCGUGUUCGUAAAAAUAAGUUGAACAUUGACCCAGACAGUUUAAUUCCAGAGUUGCCUUCUCCAAAGGAUUUGAGACCAUUCCCUAUCAGAUGUAGUACUGUUUACCAGGGCCACACAGAAAAGAUCCGUACAUUAUCGAUCGAUCCAAGUGGACUCUGGUUAGCAACAGGAUCCGAUGAUGGAAGUGUUAGAAUAUGGGAAAUCUUGACAGGUAGACAAGUAUACAAGGCACAAUUGGUCAACACCGAGGAAGAUGCUGAUGAUCACAUUGAAUCUUUGGAAUGGAAUCCAGAUAGCAAGACCGGUAUCUUAGCAGUUGCAUGUGGUGAGGUCAUAUAUCUUAUUGUUCCACCAAUUUUCGGAUUUGAUAUUGAAAACAUAGGUAAAUUAAGAGUUGAGCAAGGUUGGGGUUAUGAUACUUUCGGUAACAAGAGAAAAGAAGAAGGAAUUCAAGUUGGUGGUAAUGAAGCUAAUGAGUCCGAUAUUGAUUCAGAAGAUGAGUCAACUUCUAAGUCCAAGAGCACUACUGCUUCUUCUGGUGUCAAGAAAGAUGUAUCUAAAUGGUACCCACCUUCCACUGCACAGGCAAUGUUAGGAAUCUCUGCCGUCAUUCAAUGCCGUAAGGCAAUCAAGAAGUUGUCAUGGCAUCGUAAGGGUGAUUACUUUGUAAGUGUAUCACCAGAUUCAGGUCAUACUUCUGUUCUCAUUCACCAACUUUCUAAGCAUAUGUCACAAUCACCAUUCAAGAAGUCAAAGGGUAUCAUCAUGGAUGCCAAAUUCCAUCCAUUCAAGCCUCAAUUAUUUGUUGCGUCUCAAAGAUAUAUCCGUAUUUACGAUCUUUCUCAACAAACCUUGGUUAAGAAAUUGAUGCCUGGAGCUCGUUGGUUAGCCAACAUUGAUAUUCAUCCACGUGGUGAUAACUUAUUGGCAUCUUCGUUCGAUAAGAGAGUCCUUUGGCAUGAUUUAGACUUGAGUUCUACUCCAUACAAAACUUUGAGAUACCACGAAAAGGCUGUUAGAUCCAUUAAAUUCCACAAAUCCAACUUACCACUUUUUGCAUCUGCUUCUGAUGAUGGUAGUAUCCAUGUUUUCCAUGGUACAGUAUAUGAUGAUUUAAUGACAAAUCCAUUGUUGGUUCCAUUAAAGAAGUUGACCGGUCAUAAAAUCGUUAAUAGUUUGGGUGUAUUGGACUUAGUUUGGCAUCCAAAAGAAGCUUGGUUAUUCAGUUCUGGUGCUGACGGAACCGCGCGUCUUUGGACCACUUAA